GGAGCGAGCGGCCCUGCGCGCGGCUCCGGGUUCCUCGGCUCCUCUGCCUCUCAGUCUGUUAGCUUCCCGGCUGGCGCCCGUCCGAGUCAUGGAUUUUGAAAAUCUUUUCUCAAAACCACCCAACCCGGCCCUCGGCAAAAGACCGGCCUCAGACUCUGACGAAAGAACCGUUGAUGAAAUAGAUGAUACAGAAGUUGAAGAGGCUCAAGAAGAAAAAAUAAAAUGGAAAGUUAAACUGGACUGUGAACAGAUUCCCAAAAAAGUUAGGCACCUUGGGAACUGUGCAACAUCAUCAAAGAGUUUGCCCUAUAGAAAAUCAAGAAGUAAAGAUUAUGAGUCAUAUAGUGAUAAUGAUACCUGCAGUCAGGAGCCAGAAAAUAAUUUUGAGAAAGAACUCCAGAAGUACAUACGAGCUAAAGAAAUGGCAAAUGCUGCGCAAUCCCUACUGUCUUCUAAAGAAUCUGUGAAGAAAAAAGAAGUAAAAGAUACUAAGCCAGCUUUUAAACCGAAAAAUAAAAACCAUAAACCCUGUCAUAAGAAUGGUAAACAGAAGAAAGUGAAACAGAAACAGGCUGGCAACAGAGACAGAGGACCAGAUGCCUUAGUGAAGAGGAACGGUCCCCAGGAUGCGGAUGGUGAGGCUAAGGAGAAGCAACAGCACGUGAGAAUGAGUCAGGGAUUCAUCAACCAGCACACAGUGGAACGCAAGGGAAAGAAAGUUUGCAAGUAUUUUCUCGAAAGGAAAUGUAUUAAGGGAGACCAGUGUAAGUUUGAUCAUGAUACAGAGAUGGAAAAGAAACAGGAAAUGUGCAAGUUUUAUGUGCAGGGAUAUUGUACCCGAGGGGAAGACUGCCUGUAUUUGCAUAAUGAGUACCCUUGCAAGUUCUAUCACACGGGGGCAAAAUGUUACCAGGGAGAGCACUGCAGGUUUUCACACGCUCCCCUCACGGCUGAAACGCAAGAGCUGUUGGCUAAAGUUUUGGAUACUGAAAAGAAGACAUGUAAAUAAAAUAGACUAAAAAAGCUUUGUAUAGAUGAAGAGUGGUUAUGCCGCUCCUGUUCCAGAUUGGUGGUUUGGAGUCACUCACAGGAGGCCUCCCUUGGAGCACCCUCUGGCACCAGCGUAUGCAGCUCUUCUGCUGAUGGCACAGCGCACUGUGAAGGAAGAGUGUCUUCGCUCGGUGCUCCUGCCCUUGGGACCGGAGAGGAGGGCUGCUCUGA